GGGGGUUGGGCCGGUUUCUCCGGACCUGCUCAACGCUCUAACCGCCGCCUGGCUGCGCGACGCUCGGGAGGUGUCGGUCCGCACCGUAACGUGGGACGGUCCACGCCCGGACCGGAGGCUUUGACUCGGUUCGCUAACCUUGGCGCGUGGCGGCGGCGCGCGCGUGUUUUCUUUGUUUUGAUUUUUUUUUUCAUUUUUUUUUCUCCAACAUACGUAAAGAGGGAGAGCGCGAGAGAGAGAGAGAGAGAGAGAGAGAGAGAGAGAGAGAGAGAGAGAGAGAGAGAGAGAGAGAGAGAGAGAGAGAGAGAGAGAGAGAGAGAGAGAGAGAGAGAGAGAGAGAGAGCCGGACGGACGCCGGCGCAGGCGCGGUAAAGACGCCCGGUGAAUGAAGCACUACGGCCGACGACGACGUGUUGCGGCUGACGGGAGAAAUCAAACCCUCGGGCGGGCUCCGUGUGAGGUUCGUCCGUCCCCCCUCCUCCUCCUCCUCCCCCCAAGACCCGGGACGGAGCCGUGCGUGUGGAUCCCGACGGGCAAGCCUCGCCGGCUCCCUCUCCGGAUUCCGCCCGCUGUGCCCCUCAUGACGUCCGCGGCGUGAACGUGUUUCCACGGGUUUCUUCGAGAUCUCCCCGGUCGGCACCGGGGGAGGAGAUGGGCGAGCGAACCGGACCGAUGCAGCGGGUUUCGGAAAGGCGUCGUCAGAACCCAGGGCAGUGAUGCCUGGCAUGGUGAUGUUUCGGCGGCGCUGGUCAGUUGGCAGUGAUGACCUGGUGCUUCCCGCCCUCUUCCUCUUUCUAUUACACUGCGUCUGGUUGGUGGUUUUGUCUGUGGUCCUGUUCGGCCUCCCCUAUGGCUCAGAUCAGUCAUGCUCUGUCACACUGGUGGACCACGGCCGAGGCUACCUUGGCAUCCUGGUCAGCUGCCUCAUCUGUGAGAGCGCCAUCAUGUGGCUGAGUAUGAGAGGCAGUAUCCUGUAUACGCAACCCAGGGAGGCUGUGCAGUAUGUCCUCUAUAUCCGGCUGGCUAUUCUGCUGGUGGAGCUGGUCUAUGCAGUGGUGGGAAUCGCCUGGCUGGUCCAGUAUUACCAACCAUGCUCUGAUGUCACUGCCAAAAACCUCGCUUUGGGGAUCGUUGCAUGCAACUGGCUGGUGAUCUUCAGCGUGUGCUUCACCCUCAUGUGCACCUUCGAUCCCACCGGACGGACUUUUGUCAAGCUGAAAGCCACUCGGCGGCGGCAGCGCAACCUGACCACAUACACACUGAGACAUAGGUUAGAGGAGGGCCAAGCAAGCAGUUGGAGCAGAAGGCUUAAGUUCUUCAUGUGCUGCACGAGAGCCCAAGACACACAAUCGGAUGCGUACUCGGAGGUGGCCAGCCUGUUUGCGGAGUUCUUCAGAGACCUCGACAUUGUGCCUAGUGACAUAAUCGCUGGUCUGGUGCUGCUCCGUCAGAGACAGAGGUCAAAGAGGUCUGCUAUCCUGGACCAGGCCAACAACGACAUUUUAGCCUUCUUAUCUGGGAUGCCUGUCACACGUAACACGAAGUACCUGGACCUCAAGAACUCGACGGAGAUGGCCAUGUACAAAGAGGUGUGUUAUUACAUGCUUUUUGCCCUGGCUGCAUACGGCUGGCCCAUGUACCUGAUGAGGAAGCCCGCCUGUGGGCUGUGCCGCCUGGCUAGCUCCUGCCCCUGCACGUCGGUGUCGGGCUCUCGCCUGUCCCAGACCGUCACGGUGGAGGAGGACAACUGUUGCGGCUGUAAUGUCCUUGCCAUCCGCAGGCACUUCCUGGAUCGGGACCUCAAGCAGGUUCACAUUGUCUACACAUCCUGCCACGACGCCGUUUACGAGACGCCGUUUUUUGUGGCGGUGGACCAUGGGAAAAAGAAGGUCGUCAUCAGCAUCAGGGGAACCCUGUCGCCCAAGGAUGCCCUGACCGACCUGACGGGGGACUCCGAGCGUCUGCCCGUAGAGGAGCAGCAUGGGAACUGGCUGGGCCACAAGGGGAUGGUUUACUCAGCAGAGUACAUUAAGAAGAAACUGGAGCAGGAAAUGAUCUUGUCGCAAGCCUUCGGGAGAGACUUGGGCAAAGGCACCAUGCAUUACGGGCUGGUGAUAGUCGGCCAUUCUCUCGGCGCGGGCACUGCUGCUAUCCUCUCUUUCCUGCUCAGACCUCAGUACCCUACGCUGCAAUGCUACUCCUAUUCUCCACCUGGUGGCCUUCUUAGUGAGGAUGCCAUGGAGUACUCCAAAGAGUUUGUCACCUCUGUGGUCUUGGGGAAAGACCUGGUCCCAAGAAUUGGCCUCUCGCAGCUGGAGGGUUUUCGACGCCAUCUGCUGGAAGUGUUGCAGAAAAGCAACAAGCCGAAGUGGAGGAUCAUUGCGGGGGGCACCAAGUGCAUCCCAAAGUCAGAGCUUCCGCUAGAGCAGGAAGACGGUUCCCAGUCACAACCGGCAGCUCCCCCCAGUACCCGCCUGUGGCUCCACCCCAGUGACCUCAGCAUUGCACUGUCAGCCUCCACGCCUCUCUACCCGCCUGGCAGGAUCAUCCACGUGGUGCAUAACCAUCCCCCAGAGUCAUGUUGUAGCCAGGAGGAGCCCACCUACUCAGCUCUAUGGGGGGACAACAAGGCCUUUGAUGAGGUCAUCAUAUCGCCUGCCAUGCUUAAUGAACACAUGCCUCACAUGGUGAUGGAGGGCCUAAACAAGGUGCUGGAGAACUACAACAAAGGGAAAACGGCGUUGCUGUCGGCGGCGAAGAUCAUGGUGAGCCCCACGGAGGUGGACCUGAACCCGGAGACCGUCUUCAUGAGUGCUUCGGCAGCCUCCCAGCAGCCCACGCCCACCAUGCACCAUCGCAGGAACAGCAGUGUUCGUUCCUGUGCUCAGUCUGAGAUAUCUCUGGAUGGUUUCUCAGAGUGCCCUCCUCCCCCGGUGCCUGUGGUGCUGCGGGGGGCACGGGAGCGUCUCACCGUGGAGCUGAGGGACCGCAAGGCACCGCUGGCCGUCAUGGAGAGCCUCUCAGACGCCGAGUCGCUCUACAGCCUCGACUCGCGGCGCUCCUCGGCCGCGCUGAGGGGUUCGCCGAUGCUGGGGUGCCUCCCUUUCCCCUUGGACGCGCCCAUCCCCGAGGAGAACCCCUCUCUCAGCUCCCGUACAGAGCUCCUGGCUGCUGACUGCCUGUGCCAGGCCACUCCAGAGCACCUCGGAGAGGCCGGACCCUACUUUACUCCCGUAGAAUCCAGAUCCACGCCUGAAUGCUCCAUGCAACUUUCCCCGGCCACGCCGCGCUACAGUGGACACCAUUCCCCGGUGCCGCUGGGACAGAGUGUCCUGGCUCAGCCCUUUAAGCCAGAGCUUCCCGACGGGGAACACCAACUGAUGCCUGCCAUCUACAGCCCUGCGAGCUCCCCUAAUGCACCGUCCAGCCCACAGAUGACCUCUAGGCAGCUGGAUGGAGAGAAGGAUGAGUGGGAGAUGGAGGCAGAAGAAAAGCAGUUUAACCUGGAGACCGAGGCGACCUCCUCCACUCCUCCGCCCCAGCUGUCCAACGGCAACCCCAGCCAGGCAGUGUUGGAAUUUGCCCAGUACCUGGACUCCUUAUUCAGGCUGGACGGCAGCAGCUCGCCCCCUCUGGAGCUGUCCGACGGGGAGUCUGAGUCCGGGCGGGGCUCCUUUGGGCAGGUCGAAGGUUUGGGAGAAGGACAGCGGCUGGACGACAAACAACUUCUGGCCAGGGCGACAAUGGAGCCAAACCUGGUGCCCAAGCCCCCACGCACUUUUGCCGGAUCCGCUGACCCCUCCUCUGGCAUCUCCUUGUCACCUUCCUUCCCCCUCUCAUCGUCUGGGGAGCUCAACGACCUGUCCCCCGCCGAUGGGGUUCCCCCGGCCACGCACUCCCUACGAACAUCCGCCCCUUGCCACUACUCCGAAGAGAACACACUGUCGUCCAUGGUGUAGCUCUCCCAGACUUCACCGUCCUCUCUCCUUUCUUUAUACUGUAGGUAAAUCCAUCCAAUCCUCCGAAACAUAUCACAGAACAUGCAUGCGAUGGAAUGUAGUCUGCCAUGCAGUCACCCAUCAGAGACACAAUGAUGGAAGGCGACCAACUGAAGGACCCACAAACUUUCUUUUUUUCUUUUUUUUUGCCGGCGUCUCCUUUGAAUGCAUUGUACAGCAUUUUCAUACUAUUGCAAUGACUGUAAAAAACAAAAAACAAAAACAAAGAAGAAAUACCUCUGUCUGCAUGCCAGGGGGGGGGGCUGUGCUGCUUUUUGGAUGAUCUUAAUUAACUGUAGCUUUACUGUGUCAUUCCAGACAACGCUAUCUCACUCGUAGUGACGCGUCGGCGUUGCGUCCAUAUCGUCGACGAGACGUGAUGAGAGAGUAGAUGACUGAGCAGGGAUUAGAUUGCCAACACUGUAGAGGAGGUUAGCACAUCAUCAGAUUCAGGGGCGCAACGGCGGGGGGGGGUGCAAAGGGUACGGUCUUUUGGCGCCCCCGCUGAUGCGGCACUGCACCCUCCGCACCCCCCACCCCCCCCCCUCGUUGCGCCCCUGAUCAGAUUACCAACACUGUAGAGGAGGUUAGCACAGGCACAUCGUCAGACUAGAUGCACUACACACUCUCCUGAACACCUAACGGCUUCGGACAUUUUUUUUUUCUUUCCUCCAACACUUAAAUCAGGAAUGUGAAGACGGACAUGACGGGCGAACUAGAAAACAAGAGAGAAGACGCCGUGAAACGUCCCUCAGGUCUCCAAGGAUUUCCCCUUGGCGGGAAGGAGGAUGUGUGCUUUUAUCGGCGGGAAUUCAUGUGUCUUAAACCAGUGAUUGUGACAACGUUAUUGCAGAUGCCUAUGGACGUGUCCUCUUUUUGGUUUCCAUUUGUCUUGCAUGAGGGAGUUGCUCACUUUACUUUACUUUUCUUUCUUUUUUUUUUGAAAAGCGACAAAAAAAAAGAGAAAACGUCACCAAGCCGCUCACAUUUGCAUCUGGAAAGUCUCGCACAGAUCCAGAUGACUAAUUCCCCCCUUCUGCCAAACGACUUGGUGCAAUGUUUUGCCAAAUAUGCCUGAGAGGUAACGAUAUGUAUGGUUGUUGAUA